GGCUUGAGAGGGUGGCCGGGACAAUAUUUACGGUAGUGAGAGCCGGCUGGACUGGACGGAGGUAAUUACGGUAAGGGCAGCCGGUCCGCCGGAGGUAUUUACGGUGAGGAGGGCAAGCCGGGGGAGCGGCGUUGAGGGCCGGGCUCGCCAAGGCCGGUCGGCUCGGUCAGCUUUCCGCCCAUCAGGUGAUCUCCAGCCCCGGCGGCCAGCACCCCCUGCACCCAGCAGAAGAUGCAAAAUGGGCCUCCGGUGCACUGAGGGGCUGCGGCCCUGGCCCCCGGCCCGCCACGCCCCGGCCCCGCAGCGGCAGCCCGCGGCCCGCAGCGCUGCGCCAGGUUCGAGCGCAGCCCCCGCCCGUCCUUCCUCUUCCCGGGGGUCGGCGGCCUGAGCAGCUCGGGCACCCGGAGGCCCCCGCUGGUCUCUCCUCACUCCCCACCCAGCCUCGGCCCGAGCCGCGCCCACAUGGGGCUGUGCUACAGUCUGCGGCCGCUGCUCUUCGGGGACUCAGAGGACGCGCCCGGCCAAGCCGAGGAGCCGCCGGCGGAGGGCGCCCGCCCGGCCCAGGUUCUCGCCCGGGUCUCGGCGCCCGCGGCCCGGCCCCCGCUGCCCGGGGGCGCCGGCGGGAGCGCGGCCCGGGCGGACAAGGAGAAGCGGCGGCGCUCGGAGCAGCUGCGCGCCGAGGAGCGCGAGGCGGAGCGGGAGGCCCGCAAAGUGAGCAGGGGCAUCGACCGCAUGCUCCGCGAGCAGAAGCGCGACCUGCAGCAGACGCACCGGCUGCUGCUGCUCGGGGCUGGUGAAUCUGGGAAAAGCACUAUUGUCAAGCAGAUGAGGAUCCUGCAUGUCAAUGGAUUUAAUCCCGAGGAAAAGAAACAGAAAAUUCUGGACAUCCGGAAAAAUGUUAAAGAUGCUAUUGUGACAAUUGUUUCAGCAAUGAGUACCAUCAUACCUCCAGUUCCACUGGCCAACCCAGAAAACCAGUUUCGAUCAGACUAUAUCAAGAGCAUAGCACCUAUCACUGACUUUGAAUAUUCCCAGGAAUUCUUCGAUCAUGUGAAGAAACUUUGGGAUGAUGAAGGCGUGAAGGCAUGCUUUGAGAGGUCAAAUGAAUACCAGCUCAUAGACUGUGCACAGUACUUCCUGGAAAGGAUCGACAGUGUCAGUUUGGUGGACUACACGCCCACAGAUCAGGACCUUCUCAGAUGCAGAGUGCUGACAUCAGGCAUUUUUGAGACACGAUUCCAAGUGGACAAAGUAAACUUUCACAUGUUUGACGUCGGUGGCCAGAGGGACGAAAGAAGAAAAUGGAUCCAGUGCUUUAACGAUGUCACUGCUAUCAUCUACGUCGCCGCCUGCAGCAGCUACAACAUGGUGAUUCGGGAAGAUAACAACACCAACAGGCUGAGAGAGUCCCUGGACCUUUUCGAGAGCAUCUGGAACAACAGGUGGUUGAGGACCAUCUCUAUCAUCUUGUUCUUGAACAAACAGGAUAUGCUCGCAGAAAAAGUCUUGGCAGGGAAAUCAAAGAUUGAAGAUUAUUUCCCUGAGUAUGCAAAUUAUACUGUUCCUGAAGAUGCAACACCAGAUGCAGGAGAGGAUCCCAAAGUUACAAGAGCGAAAUUCUUCAUCCGAGAUCUGUUUCUGAGAAUCAGCACGGCCACCGGGGAUGGCAAGCACUACUGCUACCCACACUUCACCUGCGCGGUGGACACGGAGAACAUCCGCAGGGUGUUCAACGACUGCCGAGACAUCAUCCAGCGGAUGCACCUCAAGCAGUACGAGCUCUUGUGAGGCGUGUGCACCGGUGGCAGCCUGCCGGCACCUCCUCUCUGCCCGCCCCUGGAGCUUUUCUUUUUAGGACUGUCUGUCAGCCCCGAGCAAAUAGUGAAUUGGGAGCAAAUAGUGAAUUCCAGCUGCCCUCUGUCCUGUUCUCUGUACGCCCACCCCGUGUGCCCACUAACCCUCUGGCUACCUCUGUUCCCCCCCUCAGGUUUGGCUGUAGCAUGUUUUCAGGCCUCCCCACCCCAAGAAUCUGGGUUACCACCAACCUGCGCUGCAUUGGAUGACACUGCAGUAAAAUCUUUGAAGCUUGAGGGGAGGGAUAAAUAAGCGAUUGAUGCUGCAAGACAUCGGUGAAGGAGGGAGAGGGGGCUGAAUCCACUUUUUCCUGAGUUAUCCAGCCCAGUGAGAGAGGCCAGUCUAACAGUCUAUGAUGCAGUGAGCCACGGCUUUCCAAUUCUAGUUUUAAAAAGCUGCAAGGAUCAAAUAGAGGCCCCUUUUGAUCUGCGUCCACUCAAGACUUGGAGCCCCAGCCAGAGUGGACAGAAACCCUUUUCAGUCCUAUUUAGAGUUUCUUGCCAGCCUUUGAAUUAGAGCUACUUUGAAUCUUUUACCUUUAGGCAGAAAACUCACAUUCAUUACCAGUGUGUCUUGUUUGAAAAUGAUUCUCUAGACGUCUGCCCUGCUUACCCAGUAGUCUGCUUUCAUAUAUUCUUGUUGUUGGUAUUGUUGUAUUGCUCAUUUCUUACACUGUACAGAGUAAUGUUAUUUUGUACAGCUACUAACGAAAAGUCUUUUGUGGUCUUUGUGCCUUGACCCUGGCUCUCCAUGUUGUAAAAGAAAUAUGGUUUUAUUGUGUGAAUAGAUAAAUGUCAACAUUAUAUCCUUGCUCAGAAAAAAAGAGAGAGAGAGAAUGCUACCUAUAGAAUUUAGAAUACUUUGUCAGGUUGGUACUUUUAAAAGCACUCCUUGAUAUUACUCUCUUUCUCUCUCUCUCUCUCUCUCUCUCUCUCUCUCUCUCACACACACACACACACACACACACACUAUACACAUGAAUCUUGCACAUUUUAUAAAUAAAGCUGUACCAACAUCACAAGUUUUUUCCAGGGAGCAAAGCUUUUGUUUUUUUUUCUCUCCAGACAAUGGGUCUUGAUUGUUUUACUACUUGGAGAUGCUUACAAGUUCCCUAAGUGGGGACAGGACAUCCAUUCAUUUAGUCAAACUUUUUGAACCACUUCAUCAUAAAUAAAUAGCAAGGAGAAAAAAGAAGUCAAUAUUUGUGUCUGACUUAGUGGAAUCAAAGGAUAGCAUUUUAAGUUCCCUCUUGAAAAAUCAUUAUUACAAGACAUUUAUUUGAAAUAUAAAAUCAAAAUAUGUCUGUUUUUACAUUUGAAGAUUUACAAUUGUAGUCUCAAGAGUUACAGUUCAGUAUUUAACAGACGGAUGUACUGGCACUUUGAGGGUAGUAUUCUUAAACUGAAGAUAACCAGUAAAGACGCCCAAAGUAUAUUUUAGUAAUGUGAAUCGAGAGAAAUGAUAACCUAAUCUACAUUACUCCCUUCAUCUCUUUUUAGUCUUGAAUAUGUUAAGUUUACUUUAUAAAUCAGUGCUUCGUAAUCCUUUAUUGAUUCUUCCAGGUCUAAAUCCUCCUUUUUCAUGAAAGAAAGGACAGUGACUUCAUAGAUAAUCAGUGCAACAUAUACGUGUUUUUUUUUUUUUUUUCCUUAUCACCAAAUUCCAGUGUCCUUCCCUACUGAGCUCAAGGACCUUGGGGAGUCACAUUUAGACCACUGGCCCUUUCUCUAACUCCCUUUAUUGCUUCAUUCAACUCUGACUUGAAUUAAGACAUAUCAGUUGGAGGUUAUUUUGAGUUCCUGGUGCCCUUUCAAAGGAAGAUAUGAAGAAAAAUGGAAUAUACACCCACUUUCACACAAAAGUGAAACUGUAUACUACUAAAUAUUCUCAAUAUUCCUCCCCCCAACCACCUUCUAAUUUUAAAAACAGAAUUAAAGGAAGAACCAGAUUCACACAUGCAAAGCUAUAUUUUGUCUGGCUUUAAAUUACCAAAGCCACUUCCUAGACCAUUGUCUCCCCAAGUCUCUUUUGGUCACUAAUUAGCAUUAAAGUGACACUUAAAUUUUUAGUCUGCUGGAGAGAAAAACUAUACUUAUCUAAAAAGCUGAUUCCAUUCAUUUAGUGUGGUACAAAAGUCUGUGAAAACUACAUUCUUUCAGAUAGCCUCUAAAUUUUUUCUUUUACGUGUACAGCUUUGAAAUCUGUAAGAAUAUAAGAAGCACUUCACAGGAGGACUGAAACAAACCCAGUGUCUGUGUACACAUAAUAAGCGUGUUCCAGGGCUGCCAGCUCCAUCUUGGGGAAGAAGACACUGUCUAGUGCAUGCAAGUGACAUUACUAGCUUUUACAUAUUGUACAGACACAAUCUUGGAUUGUCCGUAUCUUUGAUAAAAUGAGAGACAGACGUCUUACAGAGUACAAGUUCCCCUUGUAUAGCAUGAGAACAGUAAUGAUCAGCUAUUUAUUUACUCUGCAGUCAUUUGCAUUAGUGAUGUAGAAUUUCUACGACAUGCCUCAAUAAAUAAGACAGUCUCCUUCAGUCUCA